GAAAAAGUUCAUAACGAUCACUAAUACUAAUGCAUCGACGUGAAUAGCAUACCUUGUAGAACUGUCAUCAUACUUGGGUCAACGCCUACUAACUGUUGUAAACAAAAUCGGAAAGAAGCUGGUAAAAAAGCAAGACAAGCGGCGUUAUUUAUUAAUAGGUAGGUACUGGAUUUAUUUUAGCACAGAAUAGUUUGAAUUAGGCAUAUUAAUGUCUAAACGCCGCAACCAGUUAGAUUCCGCGGAAAAACGACGCUCUCUGCAGAAUGUAGCUUUGGCUCGAGGGCGACUUAAAGGCGCACUCCAGCAUGCUGUCCCACAGAGUGAUAACGAUGCAACUGACGAAUCCGAUUCCGAUACGCUAGAUAACGUUGAUCGCGCAUCCAAACGAUUGAAAAGUUCUGCCACCGAUUCGAUUCCCAUACCGCAUCAGUCGUACAUUAUGAAGCUGUUUGAUCGGAGCGUCGAUUUAGCCCGAUUUGAUGAGUCCACCCCUUUAUACCCGAUUUGCCGUGCAUGGAUGCAAAAUCAACCUCGGCUCAACCCGAACCGUACCUUGUUGAUGGUCACUCCGAUCAAACGAGAACGAAAUACCGAAAUGGUUGAACAAUAUCGCAACAAAGAAUUGAAAGAGAUUCGAGCAAUGCCCAAACCAGAACCAGCCAGCUACGCUACGACAAGAAGAUGCCCGUCUCCGUUACCCUCUCAGACGGACGUUUCGAAGGCAAGGAUUGACCUAGCGGCUCCACCGAUUGCCAAAACAACUCUGAUGGCCGAGCACAUGUUUCGCUGGAGUCAGGUUCGCCGCAAAUGGCAGGAGCAUGCAAAAAAUGUGGACAGUCGAUAUUCGGCUAGCUUUAAGUUACUUGAUGCGAUACUUCAAACUAACACGUAGAUUGUAUUUUUUUAUCCAACUGACGGUUUUUAACACAUAGAUAAUAGGUUUUAAAUAUAACACCAUUUUAAACAGUUUUAGAAUGACACAAAAAUUCCAACUUUAUCUGUGGUAUGAU